AAUGAUGAGAUGUUCUAAUCGACGAUUGGGGCCUGGGAUCGCUUGCGCGUCGAAGCUCACCGCCGACCUCGCCCUACCGGUAUCUAAUCGGGGUCUCUGGCGAAGGGACAUUUUCGUGAACGACUGCGCACUCCACCACCCAACACCGAUAAGAAGCUGCGCAAAGUCGACGAGGCUGCCACUGCCUCGAAGUACUGUCUAUAGCCAUGACGUCCUCUCUGCCCGGAACGCGCGACCUCCCCAGCUCCCAGUAUGACCUCUCGACGUACUGGGGCCGCGUGCAGCAUGCGGCCAACAUCGCAGACCCGAGGACUCUCUUCACCUCCUCGGCGGGCCUCGAAAAUGCCAAACAACUCGUUACCGCGUACAAGACGGGCAAGAUGCAGGACAUGACGCCUGAGCUGUGGAGCGCGAAGAAGAUCAUCGACUCGACAAUACACCCCGACACGGGCGAGCCGGUCCUGCUGCCGUGCCGCAUGUCAGCCUUCGUACUGACCAACAUGGUCGUCACAGUCGGCAUGCUCACACCCAACCUCACGACAGCAGGAACUCUCGGCUGGCAGGUCGCCAACCAGUCGCUCAACGUCGCCGUCAACUACUCCAACGCCAACAAGGCCACGCCGCUCUCCACGGCAACAAUCGCCAAGUCUUACUUCCUCGCCGUCAGCGCAUCGUGCGGUGUCGCAUACGGCCUCAACGCCACCGUUCCCCGCCUGAAGAGCCUGUCGCCGAACGCAAAGCUCAUCGCCGGCCGCCUCGUCCCCUUUGCGGCCGUCGCCUGCGCCGGUGUGCUCAAUGUCUUCCUCAUGCGCGGUGAGGAGAUCAAGCACGGCAUCCCCGUGUUCCCCGUCCUGACCGACGAGGAGAAGCAGCGCGUUGCGAGCGGCGACUUGGAGGUCACGCCUCUGGGAAAGAGCAAGAAGGCGGCCACGAUCGCAGUGGGAGAGACAGCUAUCAGUCGCGUGCUCAAUGCGACACCCGUCAUGGUCCUGCCACCUCUGAUCUUGGUCAGGCUGCAGAAGACGGAGUGGCUGAAGCAGAGGCCGAGGAUGACGAUGCCAGUCAAUCUGGGUCUGAUCUUCGCCACGAGUGUCUUUGCGCUGCCGCUGGCUCUUGGUGCAUUCCCGCAGAGGGAGAGCGUGAGCGCGACCUCGUUGGAGCCGGAGUUCCAUGCGCGCGGUGGUCAAGAUGGAAAGGUCGAGUUCAACCGCGGUAUCUGAGCGGCCCUGGGGAAUCUAUGCCUAGAACGUAACACCAUGGCUUCCGGUCAGGCAGUUGCCUUGGGUUUGGGAAGCAUGGCACUCGCCAAUCUCAGGUCCGCGUGAAGCGUAGGGGGGGGACACGGAGCUCUGAGGGCUGCCCAGCUGCGGCGAAGCGAGACCACCGAUUGGCCAGAGACAUGAAGGAAGAGCGAGCACUCAAUAGCGAGACAGAUGGGCACCGUUGUCCCGCAGUGUUUCAGGCACCGGCAAUUAUUAAAGCAAUGUAAGCGUGACCAGCAUUCG